AUGUCGUCCGACGCUGAAGUCCCGGAGAUUGCAGCUUUCUUCGAGAGGCUUCUCUCACGGAACAGAGACCUCUCUCUGUUCAUCCCUUUCAUGCUAGGGUUGGCCACCGCCCCAACCAGAGACGGUGGAGAAGAAGAAGCAAACGGGCCGGUCGACAGGAUCGUCUUCGUCAACCCUUUCACCCAAAGCACGGUCAUGAUCGAAGGAGCUUCAGGUGGGUUCGAUUCUCUGCUUAGGGAUUGGCUGCUGGCUAGCCAGAGCAAUGGCGGCGGUGGUCAGCCGCCUGCUUCCAAGGCCUCGAUCGAAGCCAUGCCGACUGUUGAGAUUGGGGGAGAGGGUGGAAUUGAGGGCGAGUGUGUGAUCUGUUUGGAAGAGUGGAAGGUUGGGGAGGUUGUUAAGGAGAUGCCCUGCAAGCACAGGUUCCAUGGCGGUUGCGUGGAGAAGUGGUUGGGGAUUCAUGGGUCUUGCCCCGUUUGCAGGCACCAGAUGCCUGCGGAGGAGAAAGAUUCGUUGAAGAAGAUGGAGAGUGAUCGUCAGCAACAAGAGGGACAAGAAGGAGAAGAAGGAGCUGGUGGGGAAGAAAGGAGGGAGAGGAGGAGGACUCCAAGGGAGAUUUGGGUUAGCUUCACUAUUGGUGCUAGAACGACUGGUUCUGGUGACUCUACUGAUUCCGCCACAAAUUCUGGCUCAGUCUGA